CUGACAAACCAAUCCAUCAUGAUGGUGCAACGGUUGGGUAUAGGAAAGUUUUGGUCUUCUAUGAGGGAAAACCUCCCAAGGGCAAUAAAACUAAUUGGGUAAUGCACGAAUAUAGGAUUAAUGAUGAACUGACCAACAAAAUCGAAAGGCAUUCAAAUGACACGAGGUUGGAUGACUGGGUUUUAUGCAAGAUUUAUGAGAAAGGGGGUAGAACAAGUGGUAGGACCGAGGAGGAGGAUGAUCAGGAAGACGAUGAGAUGAAACAAAUGGAACCGAAUGAACCAACCAAUGCUUCAGCCAUUACCGACUAUGGCACCGCGAGUACUGCUUCAGCCAUUACCGACCAUGGCACCGCGAGUACUUCUGCUAAUGAUACAAUACUGGAUGAUAGUUUUGUCGAUGCGUUUGAUUUUGAUUUUGAUUUUGAUGAUUCAAUACUGGAUCAUAAUUUUGAUGAUAUCCCAGGGGAUGUCCUCACGGCACCCACUAUUAUUGAUGAUCGUAAAGGGCCUAACGAUCAAUUUUUUGCGCCCUCCUAUCAUCAUGAGCCACUCGGAGAAGCACCCUUCGACGAUGGUAUUCAUAAUAAUAGCAGUUGUUCUUAUGCUGCUAAUUAUAAUAUCUCUGGUAAUAUGGGAAUCCCCAGAAUGGAAGCUGAGCCAAAUAGUGUCGAACAAAUGUUGACGGAAGUAAUGAGCAGAAGCCGUGCGAGAUCAAUUCAAAAGCAGAGACUGCAGCAGGAAAUAUGGAACAUUGCAAGACUUGAGAAGCAGCUUGAUGACUCUAACUUAUUACAUUUUCAUGCAUCCACAUUCAAAUUUUGAUACUGUAUAAUUUGCUAGCAUUGAACCCUGGCCUCUGUUGGCUUUAUUUAUUUAAUUAGGAUUUUUUUUUUCGCUAGUUGGAUGUUUCUGUGUUUAGCUCUUGGCAGCAAAGAUGAUAGUUAUUGUUUCUUU